CUAGGACCCAGGUUCCUGUCUUGUUGGCAUUCCUCGUUCACGACGACACCCCUCGGGAGCCCCCGCCAAUCCCCGGAUUGAUGGCCAUACCCCUUCCCCACACCGGCAGCCGCAAUUCCUGAUCUGGUCCACGACCGCGUCGUUGUCAUCCGUCACGCUCUCCCAGACCCCUGGCGCUCCCGCCCGCUUCUUGGCUUGGGCAGCCUUAAGCCUAACCAUCAGUGGUCAUGUAUUCAGCUCCUUAUGGUUACGCAAAUGCCGCCGGCGGCCAGAUAUUCAACGGUGCCCCACCCCACGGCGCUCACCUGCAACCUGGUCCGUCCCCGAACCAGCAGCAGCAGAUGAUGUAUAACACCCAGCAGUUCCCCCUGGCGGGCCAGCCCGGUGCCUUUCCCGCCGGGCCUAACCCAGCCAUGAUGGGAGGUGCUGGCUCUGCAGGGAUGAUGCAGAAUGCCGGCAUGCCGCACAUGGCUGCCAAUGGUCAGAUGGCAUUUCAGACCCCCUUUACAACCUCGCCGUAUGUGGGCAGUAUUCCUUCCUCUGCGGCUCCUCAACCGCAGUUGCCGGCGAAUUUCAUGAUGGCGGGCCAGAUGCCAUCCUAUCAGAUGAGCGCGGGCCUGCCUAAUCAGCAGCCCAUGAUGCAACGGAUGAUGCAACAGAAUGCCGGUGCCAUGCCUGUCUCAACACCUCAGCGGCAAUUCAAUGCGCCUCAGGGCACCCCAACCAGCUCCAUGCCUCCGCACCAACAGCAUAUACUCUCAACGCCACAGCCUCAGGGCACUCCUCAGAGUCAAACGCCCACAACGGCCCAACCUCCGCCGACCUCAGUCUCCGCGGCAACACCACAAACGCCAACGUUCCCUACCGAGAAUGGGCAACAGCAGAGUGGGACUGCCAGUGUCUCAGUCCCUCAAAGUCCCGCAAGCGAGGCCCGAGACAGAGAGAGAUUCGCCGUCCUCUUGGAGAUCAACCAAGAGCUGCUGUACGAGUCAAUAGUACUUGUCAAUAGCCGCAAUGAGCUCAAGAAAGAGCAAGCGGCCGCCGAGUCCGAAGGGAAAAAGACAGACGUGGAUUACGCCGAGGAGGAGAGAGUGGCGAACUUGGACUAUAACCAAUGCAUGAGGCGGCUACAGGCCAACCUUUCGUACAUGUAUGCCGUGGCCGAGCGCAAGGUAAAACCGGCACCGGCGUCUCCUGGCUACCUGACCGCGCCGCCUUUUAACCUACAGCUUAAAAUACGGCUACCACCAAACAACCCCGACGACCCCAUUGACCAGCCCGCGGAUCCGAUGGCCGACCGCGUGGAGCGAGACCAAGUCAUCAAAAAUCUGUACAAGAAGCUUCAGGCACUGUACCCGGGGAUAGACCCGAGGAAGGAGCCUGUUGCCCAACCGGCCGGUGCGCGGCCCGGGGCAAACCCCAGUGCGGGGGGAAUGAAACCUCCGGGACAGAACGGCCAGGCCUCGAACCCCGCGGGAGGAGGACAGGGCUCGAAUCAUAACAGUCCUGCUCCCACGCCAGGCGCGGCGCAGCAGGGCCAGGGCACGCCGCAGAUGAUGAAUGCCGUCGCGCCUGGCUUACAGCAGCAGCAGACGCAUGCUGCUGGGCUAUGACGAGGUCUGACUGGGCUUGAUCCAUCAUACCGAUGAGGAAAGGGAGAGCGUGCGUCGCGAUGAAGUAGAAUAUAUGGCUGAGCGAGAGCCUCGCCGAGGGUGCAGCUGCGCCAUCGGUA